AUGGCUGACAGGAUAUGGCUUCACUCAAAGGACUACGACGAAUGUCUCGCAACCUUCCCCGCAAGCAUCGAAUUCGCCGACCAACGCGACGCACUCACUCUCCCCGUCGAGCCUAUCCGCAAACCCGGUGGUAGGCCCACGAUCCCUGCACCAGUCUACAUGGCCGGUUUCUUAGUUUCCGACGAAUGGGUUGUGGAGCGGGCGUUUCGUCAGAAGGAACCAAUUGGGUGCGAUGAGAUUUGCUGA